UCCAAGUCAAUGGAAGCCGCGGACUCCGAUGGACCGAAUUCCCCUUGCUUUUGCUUGCAGGUGACCAUAUUAAGGUUACGAUGGUCUUGAGUAUUUUGUCGCGAACCAAUUUCAUGUACAAUUCUCCAACAAUUUUAUAAACGUACAAUUAACGACAUAUGUUGCCAUGCAUUGGAGCUCGAGUAUAGAGAUCCCGGUUUCUGCAGGGGUUUCUGCCAUGGCUGUUGAAUCCAUCAUCCACCCUUUUGAUACGCUAAUCACGCGUAUCCAGUCCCCUGGCUAUGUGGUGACAUACAAAAACAUCAAAGGCGGGUUUCGACCAACCAUGUUCCGGGGGCUUUACCAAGGCAUUGGUCCUACGAUGGUUACAGCUAUACCGUCAUCCGUCGCCUUCUUUUACAUCUAUGAGACUGCAAAAUAUGCCCUUUUAAAUGGCAGUGAAGAGACAAGUUCCGAAAAGAUGCCCGCAGCAGCGGCCCAUGCAAUCAGCAGUGCAGCUGCGGAGCUUGCGUCCUGUGCCAUUCUCAAUCCCGCAGAAGUACUGAAGCAGAACGCACAAGUUUCCAAGUCUCACGGGUCAGGGGGCCUUAAGUAUCCUGUUUUGACCAUGCUUCGCCAGCUUAUGAGCCGUCCUCGGAAGCUGUGGACGGGGUACACAGUUCUUGCCGCUAGUCAUCUCCCUGGUACUACCAUGACAUUUUGUCUCUAUGAAUACUUCAAGGCCUCCUGGCUAGGGAGCUUCGAAAAGCAGUCCCCGACCAUCCCAGAACAAGUCAGAGUGAGUCUGUUCUCUGCAGGAGUGGCGGGUGCUGCUGUUUCGCUGUUUUUGGUGCCGAUUGAUGUGGUAAAGACACGAAUGCGACUCGCUGCAGGAAGUCGGACUGGCCAGAGCUCAUUGCCACCAAAGAUAAUACCGAUUAACACGGAACUUAGUGGCCCGAGAUCAACUUCAACAUCUCCUCAAGGGCCAAUUGCCGUUGCGCGCGGCAUUCCUGUCGCGGAGGGAGGUCGAGGUCUGUUUCGAGGCGCCUCUUUGACUUGUGUCGCAGCUAUGCUGGGAAGUGGCUUGUUCCUUGGCUGUUACGAUGGCAUCAAGCUGUAUUCCCAGAAGUCGUGCGCCUCACAGGAGCAAGCUAGCUCCCGCUGAACUGUAUCACAAUAAACACUGUUAGCAAGGCUCCGAGUCCAUGAUCAUAUUCAUCUGCAAAUCAAUUUUUGGCUCUCGAGAUCCUCUUCAGCGGAUCGGGUAUUUGAAAGGGCGCC